CUGAAUUCUACGCGGACGAAAUCGCGGGCGUCUGCUAGUAUAUAAUAAAAUACUGUUCUAACCUGAAUUCUCUCAUCUGUCUAAUGCAUAUGAAAAAAGAGUAGCGAAUUUCAGAGGCCAGAGGCAAAAAUUUAACAAUCCGCCACUGCAUAUUGAAUGAAAAAUUAUAGUAUCAAGCAUAGGUUUCAAUCGAUUAAUAAUAUCCUUAUUAACCAAAAUAAAAAUCCGUCAUUAGUCGAAUUCAAAGUUAUAAGCACUUACAAGUACAAUAUGUCUCUGAAAGUUUAGCUACCAUCUAACCACAAAUAAGUGCUUCUGGUACUCACGCCAUAUUGAUUUGAUGAUGACGCAACAUUCGAUCAAAUUUCACCAAAAUAACGGUUGUAAGUAUUUAGAAAUUUCUGUCACUCUGGAAUUACCAUCGGAUGGGAAAACCAAUAGGUAUAAUGUAGAUACCUUUGUAACGAACGUAAAUUCUAAAUAUAUUGGUAUUACUGUAGGUAAAGUUGAAAUAUGAACGCAUUAACAUAUUCAUUAUUAUGUGUACUAACAUGGAUUGUCGGUGACCUAAUAAAGACAUUUCGCUCGACCCCUGCCAUCGCCUUCAGGAGCUACGCAGUCGAGCUUGCGGCGCUUCGGUAACCAAUUGUGCGCACAUUGUCCCCUUGAAUAAAUAACUUGUGCGUAAUCAUUAUUUUGAUGAGUUUCGCCGCGUUAUCCAGCGAUGUCUUACGGUUUGUGUUGAUUGUGAAUGCGUCAAAAGGUUAUCGGAUCUUAUCGUUUGCUCUUUAAAUAUUAGCGCCUUGGAUCAACUGUAGUCAGUUCUCUGAGAGCAACGAAUGAAUAUACAAAGCGAUAUAGUGUAAAUACUCGUAGUUGCGUGCACAAAAUAUUGUUUGACUGAAAGUUUCACUAGUGUUGCAAUACUAUACUAUUGAUUGUGAUUUUUUUAGUGAUUGAUACAAAUUAGUGAUUAUUUCAAGAUGCCUAUUCGUCGUAGCAAGGUCUUAGUAAAAUGGAUAUACGAGAAUCAACACAAGAUGCAGACAAUACGGUGCUGCAGUUCCCUGCUGCGGUACAAGGAGGUGGAGGAGAGUGCACAAGUGGAGCCCGAGACGAUAUCAAUUCCUCAGACCACACCGAUCCCACAAAUAGCACCUGAAUUUUCUUUUAAGUACAGUGAUCUCCAAGUAAGAUUAGCAGCACCGUAUCAGUUACAGCCGAAGCCAGACGCAAGCGCUUUAGGUUUUGGGAAAUAUUUCACCGACCACAUGAUGAAAGUACACUAUCACAAAGAGCUGGGCGGCUGGCAGAAACCCGAAAUUGUACCUUUCGAGUACCUCACCAUACACCCGGCAGCAAAAGCUCUACACUAUGCUAUACAGUUGUUCGAAGGUAUGAAGGCAUAUCGAGGUAUUGACGACAAAUUACGGUUGUUUCGACCAGACUUAAAUAUGGAAAGAAUGAAUUUAGCGGCACAGAGGUCCGGCCUGCCCAUGUUCGACGGAGAGGAACUAAUCGGUUGUAUAACUCGGCUCAUACAAAUAGACCAGGAAUGGGUGCCGCACUCGGAAACAUCGACGUUGUAUGUGCGACCUACGUUAAUAGGAACUGAGCCAACGUUUGGUGUGAUGGAGCCCGACUCAGCGCUGCUUUUCGUGAUCAUGAGCCCGGUGAGCGCGUACUACAAGACACGCAGCGACGGCGCCGUGUCCAUAUACGCCGACCCGAGCGUGGUGCGCGCCUUCCCCGGCGGGGUCGGGAACAGGAAAGUCGGCUCCAACUACGGCCCAACUAUAGAAGUCACCGCUCGGGCAGCAAAGUUAGGCCACCAACAAGUAUUAUGGUUAUUUGGACCAGACAAAGAGCUCACUGAAGUAGGAGCCAUGAAUAUAUUUGUAGUUUACAUUAAUGAGCAUGGAGAUAAACAACUGAGCACCCCGCCCUUAAAUGGACUUAUUUUGCCCGGAGUCACGCGGCGGUCCAUCCUAGAGCUCGCCAGCCAGUGGGAGGACAUCACUGUCAAAGAGGAGGUCAUCACAAUGGAUCGACUGAUAGAUCUCAACAAUCAGGGACGAUUAUUGGAGAUGUUCGGCGCCGGCACCGCCGUAGUGGUGACACCUAUAAGCAACGUUGGCUACGUCGGUGAAAACAUCCACAUCCCAACCAUGAAGCAGUCGCAGCCAUUGUUCCAGCGGCUCAAGGACACCCUUCUAGCCAUUCAGUACGGACACAUAGACCAUCCGUUCAGUAGAAUCAUCUCGUAGUGAUGUGAGUGACUCUUCAUAUGCAGCUUCCAUAUUUAAGAAUAAAGUGACUUAUAACUAACGAGAAAAACAGUGAAUAACGGACUCCAGAAACUCUUACCAGGAGCUUUAAAUUCUGAACAAAAAAAGAAGCAGUAAUAGCGUAACAUUUUGUGAUACCCAGUGACGUGCAAAGGGUUAUUUAUAAGGGUUAGCACUAGAUAGGAAGACUAUGCAAUUUAUGAAAAUCUUUGUUUGAUAUGACUUGAUUUUCAUUUGUUACGUCACAGGUGCCGCAAUGGCGACAUGUUGCGGAAAUAGAUCAUAGUAUCAAAUUGUAUACAUUAGAUAAGAUGAAUUAAGGCUGGACCUUUAAAAUUACUUAAUGGCCGAACAGACGUCCUUCAUUUUCUGAUGAACAUAAGAAAAGGUGAUGUUGUAUGAUUGCUCCCAGGAAUUUGUAAAUUUUAAUAAGCAAUCAUCACCAAGCCGAUACUAAAUUAAAAUUAGCAUUGUAAAACGUUUUAAAAUAGUUGUCUGACGAGAUCAAUUACUUUUUUUUACAGCUUAAAGACCUAAUUUUCAUUAAGCUUGGUCCUAACAAAGUGGUCCUUCGAGCCGUAUUAAUGAAAUAGUUGUAAAAUUAUGAAAUCUGUUAACACAUAAAUUCCAUUUGUGCCUUUUGUGCCCAUUUUAGAACAGCAUAGCGUCGCUACCAAGUAUUUCUCAGUUAAAACGGCAGCAACUUGAAAUCUAUCCUAAACAGGCAAUUCGAUUUAGUACUUAAAUUACUAGAGAUCAAGGACUCACAGUGUUUCAAUUAUUUGAUCGGCUAAGGAAUAAUCUAAGAACUAUAAUGAUUAUUACAGAUCAAAGUUUUUGAGGAUAUAAUAUUAAUUAUUUGUAAAUAACAAAAAAUCUAAUCUAAUAAUUUCAAGGAGAGAUUGUUUGAUUAAAAUUUUUCCAUGUUACCUUGGUGUAAAGUAACCCUUGCUGUCCCAGAUAAAUAAAAUACUUUAGAUAAAUAUGCGUGCAAAAAUUAUACAAAACGCAUGAUGUGGUUGUUUUAUCAUGCCCCCUAUCAUAUUGUAAAUAAAAUAGGUAUUUGUUAUUUAAACUUUGUUAUCAAUGUGUUUAUAAAAUGGCUUUUUACGCAGCCCAAUUGUUUUAAGUGUUAUAUUACUUCAGUAAUAAUGUUAUAUUUGACUGUGAUUUUUUCACUUAAAAUAUGGAUGGAUAUUUGUAUAACGUUAAUUUUAUUGUAGCUAUUUAGCAGUGCUACACUCAAUACAGAAAUUGGAUAAAAUCAUGGUAAAUAUAUAUUUUUUUCAAUCAGGAGGAAGGAAUCUUUGCUUGAGAACAAUGACGUAGAAGCCAUUUUAUGAGCAGAUAGAUGUAUUGUAUAAGUGUGUGUUAAGUCAUUAUUAAUGUAAGUUUAUUAUAAUUCAUGAUAUAGGGUCAGAGGAGAGUAAUUCCAUGCCAUUAUAAUAAAUAGAAACCAGAAACUAUAAAAGAAACAAUUUCAUGUAGGUAUCACUGGGCUUAUGUACCUGGUUAUGUGAAUUCAGCUAAGAUAUACAAAAAUUACAAGUAUUUGAACGGAAUACAUACAUAAUGUCUCUUAUAGCUCGUAAACAUGUUAGAUAAUGGUAUGGAAUUUCCACUCUCACUGCACCGUAUUUGAAUAAAUAUAAAUAAAUAUGUCAUUUGCGUCAAAUAACAUAUUUAUUCAUAUAAAUAACAAAUAUCGUAAUCAGUCAUGUCAAGGACGAAUUACCGUAGAGGUAAUCCGUCCUUUGCGAUGACUUGGAAAUCCCAUUUGGCCUAUUUUCUAUUUUGGUCUUCAUUAUCAACCCAUCAAAAUAAAAAAAACAAAUCAAUUGACAAAAUGUCAUCCACAUACUAUGAUACAAAUUAGAAAUGUCAUCCGGUGCUUACUGGUGGAUAUAAUAUAAUAUGUAGAUGACACUUUGUCAAUAAUUUGUUGUCUACUUCAAUAGGUUGAUAAUAAAGACCAAAAUAGUAAAAUAGUCCAGCUGGUUGUUUUUUUUUUCAGAACAAAUGUUUAUAAUAUAAAUGGCUCGUUGGUUAACAAGUCACGUAUAUUAUAUGCACAUUAACUGAAUACAAUAAUUAAAUAGUAUUUUUAUUAAAACAUGUUAAAAAUUAAGACCACAAAAAAAAAAGAAAAUAUAUUGUGAUGGAAUUGUUAUUCUAUUAGUUUGUUUAUAUUUUUCUUUAUGCAUUAUAUAUAUAUAAUCUAACUAUACUUAUAUAUAUUAUUGACAAAACAUGGAUCAAUCCAAUAAUGAAGACGACAGUUACUCAUUUGGUAUAAGUACGAGUAAAUGGAUAUAACAUUACAUAUAAAAACAAUGCUACAAAUUAAAAAGAAAAAUGGUGUUUCUGUUAAAUAAUAAAAUAUUAAUUUGUUUGUAAUUCAGUAUUUAUAUAUGAUGUACUAUGUUCGAAUAAAUAUGCGAGAAAUGUGUGAAUUAAUUAUAUUAUUCAAUAAUAUAUGGGUAUCAAUAAAGUAUCAGUUCUGUUGAAUUGGUUAAGUGUUGAAAACAACAAUUUAGUUGAAAAAAUAUCUCUUUCAUUCUGUAUUCAUCAUAUUAUAAAAUUAAUAGUUAUUUUAUAUUAAAUUAUUGCUAAAAAUAAACUGUUAAACAACUCUUUAAUACUUUUAAAUAAACUAGAAAUAUAAUUUCGAUGCAA